AUUAAUUAAUUUUAUUUAUUUAUUUAUUUUGAAUUAGAAAAGAGAGAGAGAACAUAGGAAUUGGGGAUGGAAGGAGAAGAAGAACAAAAACCCAAAGCUUUCUUUUUCGACUGUCUCUCUCUCUCUCUUACUCAUUCAAACAAAGAAAAUUUUCUCGGAAUCCAAACACUCCGCUCAACACUUGAAACCUCUUAGAUCUGUCCGUCACUAUCACAGUGUGCCUCAAUGGCGCUUGCUACUGCUUCGCUUUCUUAGCUGCAGGAUUUGCUGGCUUUUCGGCCAAUAAAAGCAUGUGCUGUGGAUCAGAAAAACUGAAGCCUAUAUCAUCUUCAACCCCAUCUCCUAUUUCUAUAAUUGAAAGUAGAGUCACCAACAUAGCCAUGAAUCACUUGACUAUUCAAACCGAAGAUACUUUUGCCAGUUUGCUUGAGCUAGCUGCUAACAAUGACAUUGAUGGAUUCAAAAGAUCAAUUGAGCGCGACCCUUCCAGUGUUGAUGAGCCUGGUCUCUGGUAUGGUCGUCAAAAAGGCUCAAAGGUGAUGGUUAAUGAACAGAGAACCCCUUUGAUGGUUGCAGCCACUUACGGUAGCAUUGACGUUGUCCAAUUGAUUCUUUCGUUGUCUGUUGCUGAUGUUAAUUUUCACUGUGGUCUUGAUCGAAGUACUGCACUUCACUGUGCUGCAUCUGGUGGGGCUAAAAAUGCUGUUGAUGUUGUAAAACUGCUUUUAGCAGCUGGUGCUGAUCCAAAUUUGGUUGAUGGCAAUGGUCAUUUUCCUCUUGAUGUUAUAGUUGUUCAUCCUAAGCUGCAAGAUGUCAAAUUGGCACUUGAAGAGCUCCUUAAGACUAAUGGUUCUGCUAUUGAACACACUCUAACAGUUUCAACUAGAACUGUGAAUUCAAGAUCUCCUACUCUUUCUUCAUCUUCAGAAAACGGGUCUCCUUUGGGUCAAGAUUUUAAUUCUUCACCAUCGAGGUCUAAGUUUAUUGAUUUUCCUGUUUCCGAGAAGAAAGAAUAUCCUGUUGAUCCGUCUCUUCCAGAUAUCAAGAACAGCAUCUAUUCAACGGACGAGUUUCGAAUGUACUCAUUCAAGGUCCGGCCGUGUUCUCGUGCAUACUCUCAUGAUUGGACUGAAUGUCCUUUUGUCCAUCCAGGUGAAAAUGCACGGAGAAGGGAUCCCAGGAAGUUCCAUUACAGUUGUGUUCCUUGUCCUGAAUUUCGAAAAGGAGCUUGCAGACGUGGGGACAUGUGUGAGUAUGCUCAUGGCGUGUUUGAGUGCUGGUUACACCCAGCUCAGUAUCGAACCCGCCUUUGCAAAGAUGGAACAAGCUGUGCAAGGAGAGUCUGCUUCUUUGCCCAUACUCCUGAAGAACUCAGACCAUUGUACGUCUCUACUGGUUCUGCUGUUCCUUCUCCUCGCACAGGCACUUCUGGAGCUGCUGCCAUGGAUUUUGCUGCAGCAAUGAACAUGUUACCUGGCUCUCCAUCAUCUAUGUCUGUCAUGUCUCCUUCACCAUUCACCCCACCAAUAUCGCCUUCUGGUAAUGGUAUGUCCCAUGCCUCUGGUGGCUGGCCCCAACCAAAUGUACCUGCAUUGCAUCUCCCAGGCAGCAAUCUUCAGUCCAGUCGCUUGAGAUCUUCCCUUAAUGCAAGAGACAUUCCAACAGAAAGCUUUGAUUUACUGUCAGAUUUCGAUAUGCAGCAGCAACAUCAACUCCUUAAUGAGUUAUCUUGUCUCUCACAACCAUCUUUUAGUUCUAAUUCUUUGAAUCGUUCCGGGCGGAUGAAGACACUAACACCCUCGAAUCUAGAUGAUCUCUUCUCGGCUGAGAGCUCGUCACCUAGGUACUCUGAUCAAGGCUUGCCAUCGGCUGUUUUCUCACCGACUCACAAAUCAGCAGUUAUCAAUCAAUUUCAGCAGCAGCAGACUAUGCUUUCUCCAAUCAACACAAAUUUCUCCCCCAAAAAUGAUCACCCUCUCAUGCAUCAGUCUUCAUUUGGUGCCCCCUCAUCUGGGAGGAUGUCUCCACGAAAUAUGGAGCCUAUUUCACCAAUGGGCUCUCGGGUUUCCAUGUUAGCUCAGCGAGACAAGCAGCAAUUCCGCAGUCUCAGCUCACGAGAACUGGGCUCCAAUUCUGCUUCCACUGUUGGUUCCCCUGUAAAUUCUUGGUCAAAAUGGGGAUCCUCCAAUGGAAAACCGGAUUGGGCAGUUAGCACCGAUGAGCUAGGCAAGCAUCGCAGGUCCUCCUCAUUUGAGCUAGGGAACAAUGGAGAAGAACCGGACCUAUCAUGGGUUCAAUCACUAGUGAAAGAAUCUCCAACCGAAAUGAAAGAAAAGUCAAAGGCUCCAAUUUCAGGUGUUUCGGCCAAUAACACGUCCUCCAACGAAACGGAGGGAGUCGAUCAUGCCGUGCUGGGAGCAUGGCUUGAACAAAUGCAGCUCGAUCAUCUCGUGGCUCAGCAAAACUGAAAAAAGUUUCAGCAAGAGCCCUGAGAGGUAGUUAACAACAACAGAAAGGUUUUGGUACAUAACAUAAUGCCUUUUUUUCAGAUUUUUGUUGGCGGGAUUGGGUGUGGAGAAAAGGUAACUACAGUAAGUAACAACAAGGAAGAAGAAACCAAAUGGAGGAGAGAAACUAAAACUCCUCCCAAGAAGAAAUUCGUUUUCACCAUUUAUUGUUUACCACAUAACUAGAAAAAGGGUAAGAACACAUCUGGGUUAUAUACUCUAGAAGUGAAAAAAAAAAAGAAAGAAGAAGGGUCUCUUUUAGGAAUUAUAUGAUUUGUCAUAUUUUUUUUCAUCUAUGAUGUCAAAACUGAAAAUGUUAUAUGCUUGUUCCAUCAUUUUCUUUCCCCUUUAUUAUUAAUAUUCAUUGGCUCCUUUGGUUAAAUCAUUUAGGAGGGUGUCAUCAUUAUAUCAUUAUCCUCUCUUAUAGUCCAUUUUUGGGGAUUAGAAAGGAUUUUGCUCCAAAUAUCUUUUCCUUAUGUAAUUUUUUAGAAAUAUAAUAUGUAACUGUGCUGGUUACUUUGGGGUUACAAAGGAGGGAGAUAGAGAGAUAUUGUGAUUCCCUUUCUUGUGUAACAUUCAAUUUUAUUACUUUUGGUAUUUUAAUAUACCUUUAUUUAUUAUUAGUAUUAUUAUUAAAAA